ACUUCCGGUAUCGAUUAAGUUUUUUACUCGUUCGAUGAACAUUUCGACUUCGUACUUGUAUAUAUAUACUGUACAUAAUGUUGUCGAGAAACACCCCUUUUCAUAUUAAUAUUGUAAAAAAAAAACCCAAAAAAACCCAAAAAACAAAGCAAUCAAUUAGCCUACAUUUUGUACUUAUCCUUAAAUAUUUUUUCCCCUUCGCAAUAAUUUGACAGUUUGAUCCACUUGACUAGUUAUAAAGUGAAAGCAGCAUGAAUAUCAUAAAUGAAGAGACUCAGUUUGAAACGAAAACUUGGUGUUAUCGAGGAAAAGUCGUCAAUUCAGUCUGUCCGAAAGACUUCCACAGAGACAGGAACUAGAGCCAGGCCACUGGAAAUCAUUCAUUCUGAAAAAAUUGAACCACCACUACAGACGAGACAGACACCAUUCCCGGCAUAUGUGUCCUCCCCAAAGUUGCAGCGUGACGAUGUGGAGAGGUCAACAGACACUUCAUCUUUUCCACCCAUGUGCCAGUUGUGCAGGAAACGUAAACCACCUCCCAAUGACUUCACACAAAAUUGCACAACACUGACUACAGAUGAAUUGCUUAAAACUUCAGUCCAGCAAGCAAAGAAAGGGAGGUCACCCUUACCAGAAAUAAAACUCGAACCAUCUCCCAGUAAAAGCACCAUAUCACAGUGCCCAAUGUGCAACAAGGAAUUUGAUUCAAGUUUCACCAUGCUUGGUGUGGACAGUCACUUAGCUAACUGCUUAUCUUCUACAGAUGACGAUGAUGUACACUGGUAGCCAGUUCAUAGUGGAGACUCUGUGAAAUAACCCUAUUGUGUUCAUUUUUUUCUUUUUAAAAGUGAAAAUAAUAAAAAAAAAAUUAAAAUAAAAUAAAAA